AUGGAGGGCGGCUUCGCGAAAGCGCUGGGAGUCUGGAGCUCCCAGCCUGGCAGCUGUUACCAGAUCUGGCUGGAUGAUAUGCACCAGAUCAUCUACGAAGAGCGCCAAAACGAUGGAAAAGAGGUGCGCGGCAUGCUGCUGAUUGAUGAUAUUUGGAUGGUGGGUCGCCUGCUCUUCAGAAACACCGGCGACAUAUUUGGCACGUUGAGGCUGCGCUACAUUGAAGAGUCUGAUUGUCUGGUCUCAUACUUCCAGCCAGCCGGCAGUGAAAAAUGGGUUCACGCGGUUUCAAACCGGUGCCUUGCGAAGGCAGACGCGCCCUUGAACGAGCUGAAGACAGUUUCAAACCGGACAAGUCGAGCGAGGUCCAGUCCACAUAUGUUGGAGUUGCCCAAAGAUGGCGAUUUCCCUUGGAAUGGUGAAGACUCCAUGCUUCAGGUCUAUCAGCACGACGGAUUGUCGCCCUUGCUGCGGGACUGCGUUCUGCACUCGCUCAAGGCCCGCAUCAAAUACUUGGAGAAUGCGAUGAUGCACAACAAGGAGUCUCCGGGACCGUUGGAGAUAGGUUGGCGGGCCUCGCCUCCCCAGGCGGUGGUGCCUGCAUCAGGCAACGAAGUACAGGAGGCGCCACGACCUCGCCAGAAGCUGGGCCAGAGGCAGAGGCGUUUUGCCAGGACGGUUUGGCAUGAGAUUGAGGAUGCGGAUGUUGAUGCUGAAAUUCAGCAAAAGCGGCCCAAAUCCAUCGUCACAGGCGCCGUCGCCCGGCGGUCUGAAACCAAGGACCAAGGCGUCCAGUGCGAAGCACAGCCGCAGGCUGAGCCAGAAGAGCCCCAGAUCCCUGACGAGACGAGCCAGUGGAAGGAAGAAGCCAGUCCCAAGAGAAGUGCUCACCUGCAAGCAGUGCUCGAACGACAACAACGGCGAUGCCUUGUCCUCGCCGAAGAUGUGGCUCUUCUAACCGAGGAGCUGCUCGAGCUCCAGGCGAAGCCGCUCACCGCCACCAGCCUUUGGGUCAGUCCCGAAUGA